AUGGGCUACGCCAUCCUCCCCGCCUUGAUUCAGGACAUCGAGAAGGUCUUCGAUGUCUACUUCAACGCCUUCAAGCACGAUGAGAUGGGUGAGAUCAUGGUAGAGAUUCUUUUCCCAGGCGGCACAGACUCUGAAGAGUUUCGCAAAGCGCACAAAGAAGGCACUUUGGCCUGGUGGCAUCACUGCGACUACCAGUACACCUACAAGUGCGUCGAUACUGAGACAGGAGAGAUCGUUGGCAUGGCCCUUGGCGACAUCUAUCUCAAGGAGCGCAGCGAGGAGGAGCGCAGAAACCACGGUGCCACCUGGCUCGAAGGCAAGCAAAGGGAGCGGGCCGAGGCUAUUCUCAACCCCCUGCACGAUGUGAGAGAGAAGCUCUUCGGUGGACGCCGUUACAUCUAUAGCCACAUUAUCGCCGUCGACCCCAAACACCAGGGCAGGAAGGUCGGUGCGCUCUGGUGUAAGUGGGGAAUGGAACUUAGUGACAGCCUGGGAAUCCCCCUGUACUUCGAAUCAUCACCUUCGACAUACAAGCUUUACGAAAAGAUGGGGUACGAGACCUUAGACGAGAAGGUCGUUCACAAGCCCGAGGUAACGGGGGCAUCUGAGGACCAUGUUGUGCCCCUGAUGGCCAAGAUGCCAGCUUGCGCUGGCGGCAUGACGUUCAAGGAGUGGCGCGCGGCGAGCUACCCUCCUUUCAGUGAAGUGAAGAGGCUGCCCGCCACGCCCGUCGUAGAUGCUGUAACGGCUGAGAAGAAGCCUGGAAGCGGUACUGUGGCCAUCGAGGUGCAGGUGCAGGAGGUGCAGGUCUAG